AUGUUCCUCGCCUUCCGCCACCUCUUCCGCCGCGUCGCCACCGCUAGCUCAGACGUGGACGCUGGAAACUCCAUCUUCCUCUACCAAGGUACCGUCUGGCACGAGCGUCGCCGCCCCGUCCACCAUUCAUUCAGGUACAACGUCCGAUACGCCCUUAUUGAUCUCGAUCGUACGCGUUCCCACGUUCCGCCUGAACAUCUCUCUGGAGAUGAAGCCCGGUUUGCUGCUGAGACCAAUGGCCCGGUUUUUCUGUUGACAAUACCUCCUAGUGUGGGAUAUGAACAAAAUCCAUUGAGCGUCUACUAUUGCUAUGAUGUUGAAGGCUCUACACGCACUUUGAAGAAAUGUAUUGCUGAGGUUACAAACACACCAUGGGGUGAAAGGGUGUCGUUUUUAUUCAAUCCAACCUCUGAUUUAGUUGCAAAACCUCUUCAUGUCAGUCCUUUCAUGGAUAUGCUUGGGAACUGGCGCAUGCAAACAAAUGAGCCUGGGGAUAAUCUCCGAGUAGUAAUUUCAGUACAGCACCCCGAGCUUGGUAACUAUUUCACAGCUUCAUUAACCGCCAAGAGGAUCACCUCCUCUACGGUGGAGGAUCAUGCACAAUUCUUCUGGUUGAUGCCCCACAAAGUUGCUUUAUGGAUAUAUUGGCAUGCUCUCAAACUUUGGUGGAAAAAUGUUUCGUUCAUUCAACAUCCAAGAUAUCAAACUCCAAUGUACAGAGAAGAAGCUUUUCUGCGUGACAAAAAUAUCCGAUGUUGUCGAUCAUUUGGGGGCGAUGAACUAAACAACCCACAUGUCGAAGGAGUGAAAUCUGAUCCAGUGGCUGAAACUACGGACGAUCAUCACUUCAAAUGGAGAGAUGCUAAGUGGCCCUGGUGCUGA